GCCUGCGCUAUGGCUGAGGAUGGGCUGGCGGCGGGUCCCGGUCCAGUGGCCGGCGCUGCGGGCGGCGGGCCAUGAUGGGUCUGAUUGAGUCGGGUCUGGCCCGGGUGCCCAGCUGGAGGGGGAGGCCGUGAAUGGGCGGCAGAGUCUACGCGGCUCCGUUCGGCUGACUGAGAAGCUGGGCUGGCUGCAGGAAGAAUGACAAGAGCAAACACUUUAAUGUUGCCACAUUGGUAGGAGUGUCCUUGCUGAUACUUGUAAGACUGGCCAGCCUCUCCAGUUUUGCAUCUCACCUGCUCAUUCAUUCAGGAAGAUUUACUGAGCACUUCCAUGAGCCAGGAACCAUGCGGGGCCAGCGAAGCCUACUGCUUGGCCCAGCCCGCCUCUGCCUGCGCCUCCUUCUGCUCCUGGGCUACAGGCGACGCUGCCCACCUCUGCUCCGAAGCCUUGUACAGCGUUGGCGCUAUGGCAGAGUUUGCCUGCGCUCCCUGCUCUACAACUCCUUUGGGGGCAGCGACACUGCUGUUGAUGCUGCCUUUGAGCCUGUUUACUGGCUGGUGGACAAUGUGAUCCGUUGGUUUGGGGUGGUGUUCGUGGUUCUGGUGAUUGUGCUAACUGGCUCCAUCGUGGCCAUCGCCUACCUGUGUGUCCUGCCCCUCAUCCUCCGAACCUACUCAGUGCCACGGCUCUGCUGGCAUUUCUUCUAUAGUCACUGGAACCUGAUCCUCAUUGUCUUCCAUUACUACCAGGCAAUCACCACUCCUCCUGGGUACCCACCUCAGGGCAGGAAUGACAUUGCUACAGUCUCCAUUUGCAAGAAGUGCAUUUAUCCUAAGCCAGCCCGAACUCACCACUGCAGCAUCUGUAAUAGGUGUGUGCUGAAGAUGGAUCAUCACUGCCCUUGGCUAAAUAACUGUGUGGGCCACUAUAACCACCGGUACUUCUUCUCUUUCUGCUUUUUCAUGACUCUGGGCUGUGUCUACUGUAGCUAUGGAAGUUGGGACCUUUUCCGCGAGGCUUAUGCUGCCAUUGAGAAAAUGAAACAGCUGGACAAGAACAAACUUCAGGCGGUUGCUAACCAGACUUACCACCAGACCCCACCACCCACCUUCUCCUUUCGAGAAAGGAUAACUCACAAGAGUCUUGUCUACCUCUGGUUCCUGUGCAGUUCUGUGGCACUGGCCUUGGGUGCUCUAACUGUAUGGCAUGCCAUUCUCAUCAGUCGGGGGGAGACUAGCAUCGAAAGGCACAUCAACAAGAAGGAGAGACGUCGUUUACAAGCCAAAGGCAGGGUUUUUAGGAAUCCUUACAACUAUGGCUGCUUGGACAACUGGAAGGUGUUCCUGGGUGUGGACACAGGAAGGCAUUGGCUGACUCGGGUGCUGUUACCUUCUAGUCACCUACCCCAUGGGAAUGGAAUGAGCUGGGAUCCCCCUCCCUGGGUGACUGCUCACUCAGCCUCUGUGAUGGCAGUGUGAGCCAGACUGACAGUCACAGCCCUUGUUCUGCUGCCUGUGUUGUCAAGAGCCUCCAAAAGGCAGCUUUUUUUUUGGAAAUCUAUGAUCAUAAGAGCCAUUGGGCCUGUCUUAGGGCACUAUGCAGGGACACCUUAAAGACCAAUCUUCUGGCCACUAAAAAAGCAAGAUAUAGUUGGAGAAAUCCUAGCAUUGACAUCCUUUAACUCAGGCAAACAGAAGUUACAGCUCUAGCCCCUAGACUAGGGGUCAGGCAACUAGCUACUUUUCUCCACUAUUGACUGGUCUCUAGGUCACAGCACUGGGGCUAGCUAGUCACCAUCUCUUUCACGUUGGGAAAAGACCUGUCAGACUUGUGAAGAUCCUGGCUUUUCAGUAAGGUAGACAGACACCAGCCUGCUGCCAAGGUCACUGCCAUUUCUCACUUGUUACUGAAGGGAGCAAAAAUAAAGGCAUAUGAUUAAUAAGA